AAGUGCUCUUUUUUUGUUCGCCAAGUUUCAAGCCAGGCCACAUCACGGCAAAGGAUAGAAGUGAAAGUCGAGUGACAGUCGAGUCCAUUGCUAAUAGCAGUGUUUUGCUAAUCAUCCCGUCUGAUAUCUGAUUAUUCAACUCUUGCUGGGGGUAUACCGAUACAUCCAUCCAUACAGGUACCAUAGAUAGAGCCAGUCUCCUGAUACCCUUCGAUUCCAUUAAGCUCCGCUUUCAGGAACACGUGACAAUCUCUUCUUGGGUUAUACUAUACUGUAUACAUAUACCCCUCAGUUUAUUCCGUCGGAAGCUGCAGCAAGAAUCAAGUCAAGACAACUGAGUCCACAGAUCUUUAUCAUCAGUAUCAAUCAAUCCAUCAUGGCCGACCCGUAUUAUGCGAAUCCCUUUGCGGACGAAAACGACGACGACGAGGAAGAAGAGAAGCUCAAUGGCAGUCUCAACAUGAAACGGUUGGAUGAUUUGGAAACAGAGCUGCAGAAUGAUUUGGACGAAUUGAAACAAGAAUUGCAAGAAAUUUCGUCUCGCGGCGACGUGGAGGACAGUGAUGGUUCACUGGAAGAAGACCAAUUGCAACGCAAGACAGAUCCGCGACGCAUGAGUGAAGCCAGUCGUCAACCAUCGACGACCACGGAACUGUCACAAGAAGAAGAAGAUUCCAUUUUCUGGGCCAAUGAAGAUGCCACCCUUCACAAUCUCAGUGACAGUUAUACACUGCGAGAUGAGAAAUCCAAUGAAGGCAGUAGUGGCGACCUCUUUGGAUUUAUUAGUACUACUCCAACAACAACACCAGCAAAACGCUCGGCACCUCUCAUUGAUGUGGGUCAUUUGGAAGGGAACGAUUCCUUGACGGAUCAUGCCGACGACGGCGAUGCAAUACCACUCAUGGGAUCGGGAGAUUACAAGUCCACUCCUCCCACAUCAUCACCACCACCCGUAGUGUCACCACCACCACCACAAGACGACGAAUGGCAAGAUGAUGAUGAUGACGACGAAGAGUGGGAAGAUGGAGAUGAAUUACAACUGCCACAACGACAGCCUUCCUUUCAAAGUGAUAGUCAGGGCAGUGGUGAUGUAUUGCCCGACUGGAACGACCCCGCGGAAGCCAUGCCCCAAUGGAGAGAUGACAGUGCCCGCGAAGGAAGCAUGUAUGACAGUACGAGGCGACGAAACAACAGCAAUCGUCUUCAAGGAAGCAGCAGUCGACUACAAGGAAGCAGCAGUCGACUACCCUUGAACGAGAGCAGUCGUCUGAAUGAAAGCAGUCGAAGACCUUUGCACGAAAGCAGUCGCCGGAGUGACGCUCCCUAUUACAAUCCGAACCAAUCCUCCUCACCACAAACCGAAGACAGUAGUUCCGAAGACAACAACCAGUUUUUGGAUUCACCCCAAUCGGCACCGUACGAUGAUACCAAUCCAUUAUUGAUUGUCGAUCGGACACCGGAACAACUCAGUUCCCGGAGUGAUUUUGAUCACGACCAUGUCGAAGAAUACGUCAUGAUGCAAGAAUCACCGGGAGGCGAAGAACAAGAUCCACUACAGCAACAACAACAACAACAGCGACAACCCAGUAACCGCUCCCUCCGCAAGAGCCAACGGGCACAUGAUUGGGGCGCCUGGACCAUUGGCAUGACUGCCAUUAUUCUCUGUUGUGCUGCCAUUUCCUGUGCCAUUUUUCUACCACUCCAUUUCCUCGUUUGGAAUAAAGACAGCGGGGAAGAACCCACUGCAGCUCCCACCGAUUCUUUUCCGUAUCUGCCCUUUUAUACCAACUUGCCCUUGACGACACAAGCCAUGUUGCGCAACGAGAGUCAUGCCAACAGUCCACAAGCACGUGCAUACGAAUGGAUGCAAGAGGAUCCCAAUUUGGACAGUUAUUCGCCCGAACGACAAGUUCAACGAUUUGCCAUGGCCACGGUCUUUUACGGAUUGCGGGGCGAAAACUGGACCACUUCGGCCAUUAGCAAUCCCAAAUUCUCCAAUCAAUGGUUGAGUUACAAUGACAGCGAAUGCAACUGGGGGAGUAUCGGGGGAGACCUGGGGGUUGCCAAUUACUGUGAGGUGGGAUUGAUUCCUACGGCUACGGGGGGAUCGUUGCAAGGCACCAAUGCCACCGUUCCCGCGGUGCAAUCGGCACCGAUCAUUUCGACAACAAAAAGUCGAAGUAGCAAUAACAUUUUUGAUCACAACGAACGACUGUUGCGAGGAGGAUUACGACAUUUGCAAGAUGCCAAUGCUACUGCUACUGCUGCUGCUGCUACUACGCCCCCUUUUCCACAAAUUCAACAACUCAUUCUUCCGCGAAUGAAUCUUGUGGGGAGUUUUCCACCCGAGCUGGCGCUUCUCACCAGUCUCAAGGUCCUGGUCAUGAACAACAAUAAACUCUUUGGCACCAUUCCCCGUGAAAUGGUCCGGUUGCAACAACUGGAACGACUCAGUCUGGCACACAAUUUCCUAUCGGGGACGAUACCCAACCAAGAGUACAAUCUCUUUUUCGACAAUUUGCGCAUUUUGGAUGCAAGUCACAAUCGACUCUCGGGCAACUUGCCGGACGAUUUGGCAUGGAUGUCCCAUUUGGAACAGUUGCAUCUACAGCACAAUCAACUCGGUGGCAUGCUGCUCAAGGAUAUUCAAACGUGGGGUGAUACGCUCACGUCGCUGCUACUCCAUGACAAUCAAUUUUCGGGAGUUUUGCCCUGGCAACUGGGGAUACUAUCGAAUUUGGAAAUUUUGUCCCUGGACAACAAUCAAUUUGUGGGGACUCUCCCGACCCAAAUCGCAGCCAUGACCAAGCUGCAAGAAUUACACUUGUACAAUAAUAAGAUCGAAGGAUCUCUGAUCAGCGAAGUGGGGAAGUUGGGAGACCUCAAAUUUUUGGGAUUGGUGGGCAAUCAGUUCAAUGAAACUCUGCCGAGUGAACUGGGCUUGUUGACACAGCUGGAGAGUUUGUGGUUGUACGAAAACGCUUUUACGGGUCCGAUCCCGGAAGAGCUGGGUGGUUUGGCAGCCGCAGCCUUGCAGCAUGUCAUUUUGUACAAUAACAGUUUGACGGGUUUGAUCCCAGAGGAAUUGUGCGACAUUCAACAGUUCCAAUUUGACUGUGGGCCAGAGUAUCUCUGUGGCUGCGACUGCAGUUGGUGUGUCAUGCCAGAAACGGACGCACCGAUAGAAGUGGAUCCUGACAGCGAGGGAAGCAACAACAAUGCCUCAAUCACAACUCCUCCUGAUGGAGCAGAUGAUGGGAACACGGGAGAAAACGAUGUAGACGGGGGCACUGCUACAAACACAAACGCUACAGACGGUGGAACCGCAGACACGGAUGAUGAGGUCGAGCAAACCACGACCGCAAACAACACGGACAGUGGGGCCGUUGGCGACACGGACACUGGGAACACGGCAACUAACGAAAGCGACUCUGACACCGACAACAACAACAACAACGCCACAGCAACGGACAGCGACACAAGCACACCCGUCGACACGGACGAGACUACGCUGGCUCCGACGACCUCACCGACUGCACCCGUCGAGACAGUCGAAACUACGUUGGCCCCCACGAGCCCACCGACUGCGGGUUCCACCAGCGUUAGUGUGGCAACCAACUCGACGGCCAGUGCAAAUACUACAUUGGCGCCUGGCGAAGCCACGAAACUCCCAAAGAACUUGGCAUUCAUGGAAGAAGUUUGUUCAGCACCACUUUUCGUGCAAGAUGAUACUGCAGCCUGUGAAGCUGCUUGUGAAAGUGCGCGGGACUGCUGCAACCCUUACUAUGGGGUUAGCGGCUGCUUUGAAGGAGAACUGCCUGGAUGCUUUGCCUAUGCGAAGUGUCAUGCCUUGAAAGGCUUGUUUUUCCCUGCUCCGAAUGACUUGGAUCGGAUCUGUAGCAAAGCCCAGCUUGAAAUCAACCGGCAAGAAUGUAUACAAGCGUGCUCCAUUGUUUCCUGUUGUUAUCAGGAAGAGGAAUCUUGUGUCGCCGAACUGCUUGACACUUGCUUGGAUUUUGCCCCUUGUCAAAAUCUCAAAGACAGCUCCGUUGAUGUGCCCGUAGCACCCGCGGAUUUGGAUGAACGUUGUGCAAACUCACGACCCUCUUGCAGGCGAGACUGUGCUGACGCCCUCUGUUGCUCGGAUCCCACCUCAACAUGCUAUCGCGACAACUUUCUAGCUUGUCUUUCAUACUCAUCUUGCACAGGCAAUUCCGAUACCAUUAUCACUGUGGCGCCCGUUAAUUCUCGCGUAACUGCACCUCCAGGCGUUUUGGAUGAUAUUUGUUCUCCCCGAGGCAUUGCUGAUGUUGGCGUCGACAAAUGUCGCGAAGCUUGUGCCGGAGCAGAGUGCUGCUGGGUAGAUGGAGGGUGUUUUGGAGACGACCCUUUGGGAUGCCUGGAAUAUCAACGUUGCACCAUAUUGAUUGACACCACGACGGGGAGUGACCGUGAUGAUCCGCCAGAUUUGGGAUUGGAGGCUCAGUACGGGAUUCGGUCAGUGACACACGAAUGGAGCGAAGACGAAGUGAAACUCGAGUAUGAAAUCAGCGACUACAUCUUGGAUUCGUCUGUGGGGUACAUUCUCUAUGAUGGCCUGGAUUGUCGGCGAGACGCCAACGAUAUCACGGAAGGCAACGCAUACCUGUUUAUAGAAUUGGUCGCACCGCAAGACGAUGGAGCUGACUUGACCAACGGGGGAAUUGGAUCACGUCAAUUCGAUAUUCGUGUCACGAUCAACCGGGAAGCGAUCACCGACGCACCCUUCUUCUUCCCCAGUGGUUUGGACGCGGGAAUCUUGCAAUUUUGCAUUGGAUUCAUCGCGGAUUACAAUCAAGUUGAUGGGUGGCAAGGCGACGUUGAGGUCAACGCAGUCAAAACAGCCGUGCAAAUCAGUAUGAGUCUUGCUGACUUUGGCCGAUUCGAUGAUGUUACCGUAAGAACUAUUGUUAGGCCACUGUACAACUAGCGAGAACCUGAUGCCAGCUAGUAGACGAAGUUGACCCUUAAGGUGAGACUCGACCGUAUUCUGUUGAUGGACGAGGAGCUCGUUGACCGCCUUCCAAUGCAAGCAGGGAAACACAAGCAAUGACUAGCUAUAGCACAGCAUGCAAUCCCACUCGCGUUGGCUGGUGGUUCUCUGCCCCCGAGAUCCCAGACAGCGAGAAGCUCCUCUACGAGGAAUGCAAGCGAAUACCGGGGGUUAUGAAAUAUUGAAUUCUUGUCGCAAGCUAGCUUGGAGUUUGGCAUCCUGGGCGUUAGUAUAGUUUCUGCAUUGCAACUCUACAAUAAAGAAACUAGCCACCUAUUAAUAGUAGUUUUCGAGGUCAUUCUCUUC